AUGACUAACGACCUAAAAAACAAACUCGGUGCAACUACUGAACAACUAGAAACAGUAAUUGCCCCCCAUUACACUAAUUUAGAACCUUGGCAAAGAGGAUUAUUAAUAAUUGCUCUCAUUCUUUUCCUACUUUUCUCUAUUUACCAUCUCACUAAACCGGAUAAACCAUUAAACAUUAAAAGAAUAAUCAUGUAUAACACCGAACAAUAUUUUGAUUUUGAUUCACCCAAGAAAGCAGAGACAAAAAUUAGUAAAAAGAAGAAGCAACAAGCUUUAUUAUCUUUUUUACUGUUAGCCGGAGCAGCCUAUUAUUACUUUAUGAUUUAUUUACCGGAAGAAGAAACUAAACAAUUAGAAGUUAAAUUGCAAGCUGAGAUUGACCGAGUGAAGAAUGCUAAACCGGAUGAUGUUGCUGAAAUGCUAACCGAUUUACAAACUUAUCAACAAUGA